AUGAACACUGAACCGCUAGCGCCACGUAGCGGUAAAAUGGCAGAACUAAAAUCUAUCAGUGCCUUGUCGCAUAUUGUUGCGCUCCUUGUCUGCGCCAUUGUAUAAGUCUAUUCUUAUCUCGUACUGUUGCGCUCCUUGUCUACCACAUUGCAUAAGUCUGACAGCUAAGUAUCCUUGUAUUGAUCAAAUUUUUAUUUGAAAAAAAAAGUAAUUAAAAGGUUAAAUUUAUGAAAAAAGUUCUUAUAUUUCGUACAUUUUUUUAUGCGUUUUUGCAAUUUUUACAAAUCUUAGAAUUUUUGCAAAUCUUAGGUAAUAGGUAAAGAAUUGAACAUCUCAAAUGAAAUUGAAAUUUGUCCAAACUUUUUUCAUACAAAAUUGGUAAAUUUUUACAUAAAAAUUUUACAUAAAAGGUGACCUUGGCAAACGUAUUAUUACUAUAUGCAAUACAAUUACAGAUUAUAUUGCCAUGUAUUUGAGAUAAUAAACUUGUUAUGAAACUAUAUAAUUAAAAAGUAAAAAAACAGUUGGACAAUAGUGCUGCCCAAAUGAUUACGAUUGCAGUUUUAACACUAUGCUGA